AGGGGGGGGAGACAAAGAAGUCGUUCCUGUUUCUAAAUGUAUUUCUUUAUCACUUGGCAAUCUGUAGUCCGCGUUAUCAGUUGUUUAUAUUGUGCUAAGUAAAUACGACGCGUUCCUGGUUUAAAGUAUCUUCUUGGAGCUGCACCUAAUUAUUUGACGGUUGUACUUGUAGCAACGCCAAUGACAGCGCGGUUCAUUGCUGCCGAGGGGAUUUAAUGGCACCCUCGAGUCGGUAGAGGUUUUUUCUUCUCCCCCCCCCGACGAAGGACCCUCGCUCGAAGUGCACUCGGGCGCUGUCCUCACCGGGGGGUGUGUGUUUUUUUUUUUUAAAGUCGCCUGGACUAAGAGGCGAGCUUCUGUCCCACCGUCCCCCACUACAACCACCGCCACCACCACCAUUACCACCAGCACCACCAGUCACGCUGCCCGACUCCGAGGAGGCGAAACAUGGCAGGAAAUCUGAAGAAAGGCGGCGGGCUGAUUGGCAUGAUGAAGGACGCGUUUCAGCCUCACCAUCACAUGCACCACUCCCAUCACCAGCCCGGGGCCGUGGACAAAAAGACCGUGGAGAAAUGUUGGAAACUCAUGGACAAGGUGGUGCGAUUAUGCCAGAACCCUAAGCUGGCUCUCAAGAACAGUCCUCCAUACAUCUUGGACCUGCUCCCUGACACGUACCAGCAUCUCCGCACCAUCCUGUCCCGCUACGAGGGCAAGAUGGAGACGCUGGGUGACAACGAGUACUUCCGUGUGUUCAUGGAGAACUUGACGAAGAAGACGAAGCAGACGAUCAGUUUGUUCAAGGAGGGCAAAGAGCGCAUGUACGAGGAGAACUCGCAGCCAAGGCGAAACCUGACCAAACUAUCGUUAAUCUUCAGUCACAUGCUGGCUGAGCUCAAAGCCAUCUUUCCCAACGGUUUAUUCCAAGGGGAUAAUUUCAGGAUCACGAAGGCAGAUGCAGCAGAAUUCUGGAGAAGAUCGUUUGGAGACAAGACUAUCGUACAGUGGAAGGUCUUCCGCCAAGCGUUGCACGAGUUUCACCCAAUCAGCUCUGGUUUAGAGGCCAUGGCCCUCAAGUCCACAAUAGACCUCACCUGCAAUGACUACAUCUCCGUAUUCGAGUUCGACAUCUUCACCAGACUGUUUCAGCCAUGGUCAUCUCUGCUGAGGAACUGGAACAGCCUUGCGGUGACUCACCCGGGAUACAUGGCUUUUCUCACCUACGACGAGGUCAAAGCUCGUCUGCAGAAGUUCAUUCACAAGCCGGGCAGCUACAUUUUCAGACUGAGCUGCACUCGUUUGGGCCAGUGGGCCAUCGGUUACGUGACUGCAGACGGAAAUAUCCUGCAAACGAUUCCCCACAAUAAGCCUCUCUUCCAGGCUCUCAUUGACGGCUUCCGGGAAGGAUUUUAUCUCUUUCCCGACGGCCGUACUCAGAACCCGGACCUCACAGGGCUGUGUGAGCCCUCACCGCAAGACCAUAUCAAAGUCACACAGGAGCAAUAUGAGCUAUACUGCGAAAUGGGCUCGACGUUCCAGCUGUGCAAGAUCUGCGCCGAGAACGACAAGGAUGUGAAGAUUGAACCUUGCGGCCACCUCAUGUGCACAUCUUGCCUCACUGCAUGGCAGGAAUCAGAAGGCCAGGGUUGCCCUUUUUGCCGCUGUGAAAUCAAGGGCACCGAGCCCAUUGUAGUUGACCCCUUCGACCCUAAGGACAACAGUGGAGGAUCCUAUGGGGGCUGCAGGGGUAUGUUCGGGGCAGAGGGGGCGCCUUCACCAAGCUACGAUGAUGAUGACGAUGACCGACUGGAAGACCCCCACCUCAUGAUGAGCAAGCUGGCUUGUAGUAAAGUGGAGAGGCCUCCAUCCCCACUGUCGGUGCCACCCCAAUCAUCUUUGCCUCCAGUACCCCCACGCUUAGACCUCAUUCCACACAGACCUCCUAACCCUCCAGGGGCCUCCAGUCCUGGAGCAACAUCUAAGGCUUCCUCACACCACAAAGACAAGCCAUUGCCUCUGCCUCCGGCUCUGCGAGACCUGCCACCUCCUCCUCCUCCUGAGCGGCCUCAUUCUGCCGGAGCUGAUAUUAGAAUCCUGAGACGGCCGCUGCCCUGCACGCCUGGGGAACCACCUCGUGAUAAACCACCUCCUACUCCUAAUCGCAGUAUGGCUGACUGGAAUAUACGCCCAGUCCCCAAAGCACCCUCCCAGAUGGCUGCUGUAGGAGGAGAGGGCCGCGGGUCACGCGAGCUCUCUAACCGACACUCCCUUCCGCUCGCCUUGCCCUCGGCCCUUGAUGGUCAGCGGAACAACAACUCUGCCAGUCUCGAGCACCAACUGUGUUUCGGCGCAACAGCCUCUAUUGGAACUGAGUACGACAACCCGAAAGUGAAGCCCUCUGCAUCAGCCAAUGCCAUUUACUCCCUUGCAGCCAGGCCCCUUCCUGCAGUGAAGCAGCUUGUGGGGGAGGAUGGUGAUGAGAAUAAUGACGAGUCAGACUACAUGACUCCCAGCUCUCUGCCUAUGCUGGCCGCGAUGACUCCUUCACUAGGGGAAGCAGUACCCAGGCCUCACCACCCCAACACUCUUAAUUCCAGGGGCAUUCUUGAUGAUUUAGACCCCGAUGGCCCACAGAUGUAUGAAGCCAUGUUCAACAUUCAGGCCCAGGCCCUCAGUGCCACACUCCCUUAUCAAGCGAGUGAUUCAGACUACUCCGAGUUACCUCCGCCUGUGAGCAGUAACGGGCCGCAUGAGGCGGAGUGUGAGGAGGAGGAGGAGGAGGAGAACGGCUAUGACAUUCCCAAACCGCCUCUGCCCAUCGCUCGACGCACGCUUUCUGAGGCGAGCAGCUCAUCCGCUGCUUUCAGCCGCCUGUCUAUGGACAGCGAACCAGGAACGCCGCUCUCGUUCGAUUCCGCAGAAGCUCCCGAGCGACCUCCGAAACCCCUGCCUCGUCGCAUGAAUUCGGACCGCAGGCCAAGCCCCGUCCCGCCCGCAGCCGCAUCCAGCAACCCGCAGAUCAGCAGCGAGAUUGAGCUACUCAUGAGCCAGGGCUACUCGCACCAGGACAUCCAGAAAGCACUGAUGAUCGCGCAGAACAACAUCGAGAUGGCCAAGAACAUCCUGCGCGAGUUCGUGUCCGUCCCCUCCACGGCACACAUUCUCACAUAGCAGCCCUUCCUGAUCCAGAGCGAGUCCAGUCUCUCCCUCUUUUUUUUUACUCCAGGGCCGUCCUCCAACCAGCGAUCAGCGUACAUCCCUGGUGCGUGAGGUGCUGGCCAUAUCCACCUCCUGCAUGCUGCCAGCCAGCAGGAGCAUUGUUCUUGAAGUCAGCCACAUGGCAUUGCACAUCCACUGAGGCUUUUAGUCAAACUCAAGCAAGGACAAAAAAAAAAGUGUGUUUUAUAUAAUAAUUUAAUUUAUGAGUCCAUAUAGUUAAUAUAUACACAUUUAAGGAUGGGGAGGUUUCGGGCAGGUCCAGAGUGUGUGUGUGUGUGUGUGUGUGUGUGUGUGUGUGUGUGUGUGUGUGUGUGUGUGUUAUGCUUGUGGAUAUGGGAGGGACUCCUCAGCACUGCUGUUCUGUCACAUGUGGGAAAACUGCAGCUGAACAUUUGCUAGUGUCAAAAAUUGCUUUGUGUGUUGUUCUGGUACUUUGUGUGCGUGUGGUAAAUGUGAGUGUCGGUCAUUUUCUAAAGUGGCACGGCAUGAGUGACUGCCUCAGUACCACGACCUAUAGAGAUCCGAUCCACCAUAGAUUUUCCCGUGUGUGUGUGUAUGUGUGCGCGAGUGUGUAGAGUAGUACGGUCGUGUGAUGUCGCUGACGCCGCCAGUUGUCAUUGGCGUAAACAGUCAUCAGUCACCUGCAUUGCCUCUGCUGCUGUGUAGCAUUACUGUAACCGAUACACGUGCAUAGCGCAGAAUUGAAUCCCGCUACAACGCCACAUGCCCAUGCUUUGUAGAAUAUGGCACCAGAAGAACGCAAAACCCGAGAUGAAAAACCCAACACAUUUGUCCGAGCCCUGAAGCAGACGAGGACUCCGAACCUUUGUGCGUGCGUGUGUUUGUGUGAUGGCGAAUGACAAGCUUUUAUACAUGCGUGCUUUCUAGAGUGUUCUCUAACAGAUUAGUGGAGUUUGGACACAAAGCAACACGCUUUGUUUGAAGGAAGUGUUCGCUUAUACAGUUUCUGAGAUUUGGUCUGAAACUGAUCAGCUAAGUGAAAUUAUUAUUGUUGUUAUUAUUAUUAUUAUUAUUAUUAUUACUGUUGUUUUUUUUUUUUCGUUUUUUUUUGUUUUUUUUAUAAUUAUUAUUAAUUCAGAAGUGCUUUACUGCUGCUACUCUUGUUAGUGCUAAACAAUUAAGCCUUAAAUGUAUAUUUGUGAAUAUUGUGUUUAACCUGUUUUAAAGUGACAGUAUCUGUUCAGUUGAUUUUGAUUUAUGUAGCAUACUUGAAAUUUUGAGCAGCCUGUGCUCCUCUGGCCAACAGGCUGCUUCUGUCGUCUGACUCUCUGUCGUCUGUCGCUCUCUCUCUUUCUCUCUCUCUCUCUCUCUCUCUCGGAUCACUUUUGUUUUUCAUGUAUAGGGUGUUCCCUGAGACGUCAUACUCCUGUCAGUGCCGUCACUGGAGCAUGUAUGCAAAUGAGUGAAAGUAUGUGAACGAACACCUCGUUGUAGGAAAGCUUGUGCUCGUGUCAGCGGUUUAGAGGUUUCACUCGUUGCGUUCUGAAAUGGUUUUCGUGUUUGUCUUUUUUUUUUUGUUUUUUAUCCUUCUCAGGAAUACUGUACAUCCACACAGACUCUAUCAGUAUUGAACGGGAAAUGAAAUGUGUCCGUAAUUCUCGCAUUCAGGGCAGAAGCACUGAACGACUACUUUGAAGUCUUCGACUAAUUCGACACGUCUAUCAGUUUUGUCGGCUUUCCUCAGAUCUGCUUGGAAAUUGGACACGCCGUCGGACGCUUGUGUUCUACAGAGGCGAAAUUCCCAGCGUAUGAAGCUCUGGAGGAAAUAAAUGAUCACCUCUACAUGCUAUUUCAUUCUCCAAUUAUAGUUAUAUGUAUAUACCCAGGCCCCCACACACACACACACACACACACACCCUAAAAUAUUGCACUGGCAUAGCAGGUACUUCCACAAUAUGUAGCUUGUAGGUACAGCGUAGUUCACCAGAAAGGACAACGAUCAAACAGGUUUUCUUUUCUGCCAUGGAAAACAGGUGAUCAUUCAUAGUUUCAGUAUUUUGGUUUGCACCAUGUGAAGUAGUGAAGCUUUGUUUUCAGAUCAGAGCUUUUUUUUUUUUUUUUAUUCCGAUUACUGUAUUUCUUGUCGUUAUUGUAUACCCUGUGCGUUUGUGCGUGUGCACCCAUGUAUCUGUGUAUUGCAAGAUUUCACACCGUACACCAAUUUGUGCUCCGAUACUGUCACUUUAAAAUCGAGCGUAUAAAGUUACUUAUAUAUAUAGACUACAUGGAAAAUUAAAAAAAAAAUUCAUUUUGUAUUCCUGUACAAUUUUUUUUUUUUUUUAUUCCUCCAUGUUGUUAAUUUUUUUUACUGAUGUGAAUAAUACUGUGAGCAGUGCCAUAUGUCUAGAAAUGUUGUUCUGCUGCCCCCUAGAGUGAGGCCUUGCGAAUGAGCGAACGUGUCCUUGCGUAAGCGAUAUUCCCGUCAUACUGUCACACAGCCCCCGAAGCCUUUACAGUGACCUUAUGCCGAGUAGAUUGUUUUUCCGACCACGUGAGGGCGCACUUUCCCCAUUUUGCAAAGAUUCCGUCGUGUGCUCCAUAUUUUUCCCCUCAUAUCACUUUAGAUGUUUGCAAAGUGCUAUACUGUCUAAUUACAUGAAUCAAAUCAAACACGUCUUCAGUCUCAUGUUUUAGGUACUGUUCUGGUACAGAGUUCCUCCUAGUGCUGUAGAAGUUACCCUGUAACUCCAAUAAUAACCUCUGCAUGCUGAUAGCUUGAGGUGAACUGUUGAAAACUCUUUUUUUUUUUUUUAAAGAAGUCAGUGUUAAAGGGUAAACGUGCUGGACGUCAACGUGUCGUUAUUUAACGUGCGUCGCAUGCUCGUGAUGGUUCUUCGAAAUUGUCAGAAGUCGCCUUAAUAAGAAUCGAGCGUUCCAGCCUUUCAGCCCUGGAUAUGAGGGAAAGAGAGAGAGAGCACGAAACUCAUCCCACGGGCACGGGUCUGAGAUUCGCUUCGCCUUAGUGAUCAACGAAUUCAUGAUCCAAACUGCCGUCUCAUCAAUUCAGUGCCAUGAUCCUCGACUUCUGCACGUGCGCGAGUUUCACAAAUGUGUAUCUCUUUAAACACUCCUUUAGUGUGGUCUGAUGAGUGACACGCUCUCUAGAAUAAACUGGUUGCACAAGUUCAUGUAGGGUUUGUGCUUUCUUCAUGUCAAAGCCAAAUAAGUUUGGAUAUAUGUAUUAAAUACAGACGUUUUACUAUGUACAGUGUCGCACGCACAUACAUACAUACAUACAGUGUUGGGCCAACGAAGAUAGAAUGUUCUGUAACAGUCUGAACUCAAAUACCAUUAUGAUUCAUGCAUUUUACAGAGCAGGUGUGUUUGUGGUGUUUUAUUUGUUUUACUUUCUUUGUUUUUUUUUUAUUGUUUUUUUAAACAUCGCUGCAAAAACUGGAAAAGCAUUCAAGUGCAAAUGAACUAGGACACGUUCCCUCUCCAGGUCGCUGGUGUCUAUUCUUUUUUUUUUUUUCUGUUUUUGUUUUUUUGUCAAGAAAUAAAGACUAAUGAUAUUUAUUAAUGUUGAUGUACUCCAACCCAGAAAUCCCACCUUCAUCUUCACAAAUUUCUAUGUUAUUAAAAGCCAUUUUGGAAAAAAAUAAAAAUAAAAAAAUCUUCAGGAGUUGAUCUUA